UGCUCUUGCAUCGGCUCCUAAAUAGGAGUCGAAUUCUUUUCUCACCUGCUCAUGCAUCGAAUACUCCAGUAGUUGAGUCGGUAUGGUUCGGCUCUAGGUCAUCACAUGAUUCGCUUUUCAUCGCCACUGGAGAAGCCCUAAGCUUUCUCCGUUACACGGACGUCAGUUCCGCAGUGGGCUACCGGUUCAUGUGUAAGCUUUCUCUGUUAUAAGCUUGCACAUGAACCGUCUCCCACAACCGCACAAGCAAGCGAGCAAACCCUGCGGGUGCUCCGUCCCCAGUCGGCAGUCGCCACUUCUUUCUUCGACAUCCCUGCCGCCGCUGCCUCCAUCGCCGGCCGCGCUUCAACAGAUCCAAAGGUAAUGCUAUCGCUACCCAUUCUCCAAUUCUGGAACAACAAAACUGCCUCCACCUGCAGUACUAAGCUGUGAUCCAACUGCAUGGCCGGGCGGCACCACUCCAACGGCGGGGAUCUGCCUCCAGCUCCCCACAAGAUGGAGGAGGCCCCUGCUAAGAGGAAUCCGGCGGCCAGUCUUACAGACGACCUCCUCGUCGAGAUUCUCCGCCGCCUGCCCAUCCGCUCCGUAUGCCGCUUCAAGUGCGUCUCGCGGUCCUGGCGCAACCUCAUCUCCGACCCCGCCCACCGCAAGAAGCUACCCCAGACCCUCGCCGGCUUCUUCUACUGUAGCCUCAGCGGCGAGCGCUUCCCCGUCAAGGCGCAUCACUUCACCAACGUUACCGGGAAAGGCAUACCCUUCAUCUUUCCUUCCUUCUCCUUCUUGCCCGUCCCCAGUGACGAUGUAGUCCUCUUGGAUUGCUGCAAUGACCUCCUCCUUUGCCGUUGCUAUGAGCCUGAUCCUCAUAAUGGCGAUGAGAGCGAUGAGUCUGGUCCUAGUGAUGGCGACGGGUUUCGACCGUUCCAUUAUGUUGUGUGCAAUCCCGCGACCAAGAAGUGGGUGAUGUUGCCGGAUGGCAGUUGGGCUAGUGGCGAGACUCGCACAACCCGCUUGGCGUUUGAUCCGGCAGUCUCCUCGCAGUUCCAUGUGGUUCAGUAUGUGGUGGACGAGGCUUGGUGCGUCACAGGGGUGGAGAUUUAUUCAUCCAAAACUGCAGCAUGGAGCUUUAAGGAAAGUGAAUGGGGCGAUGAUGUUAUGCUACAUCAUCAAGUGAGAAGUGUGUUUCUUAACGGCUUCUUGCAUAUGCUCACGGUCCUUGAUGGGAUAGCGUUGGUGGACAUGGAUGCAAAAACAUGGAGGACAAUUCCUGUGCCAACUGAUAAUUUUUUUGAUGGCUGCAUCCAUCAAGCUCAGGGUCGCCUGUGUUUUCUUAAUGUUGAUGAUGCUGAUUUCUUCAAGCUGUCGAUCUGGUUCCUUGAAGACCAUGGUACUAAUGAAUGGACAUUGAAGCAUUCCGUCAGGACUCCACUGCUGUUUGGGCGGAAGAAGCUUCGGUUUGAGUUCGACUACACAGUGAUUACAAUUCACCCAGAAUGCAAUUUGAUUUACUUUGUUUAUGGGUGGGACAAGACACUGAUGGCAUAUGAAAUGGACCGCAAGGAAGUUCGUGUCAUCCGCAAUCUUGGACAUGAUUGCUCGGUGACCUAUUUUCCUUAUGUUCCCUUGUUCUUAGAGGCAUUAGAAGAUGAGCAGUGAAACUGUUAGAUUUACUGCAGCUAUUGUUACUGCAAUGAUGAAUUCAUAUUGGUGCAGUAAGGAGUAUGUGGCAUUCCUUCUAGCUGUCUGAUUGUUCUAGCAAUCUGUAAGUUGAGUGGACUGCCAGAAAAGUUCUGUUUUCUUUGUUUUAUGCAUUUGAGCAUGUCUGUUGUGAUAUUUUGAUUUGAAUCAAUGUUGUUUAAUUGUUGAGAUCUCAUGAACUGCCUUUAGGAAGGCUAACUGUAUUCUUUCAGUUAAACAGCUAGGAGUAUGUUAUUAAGGCUAACUGGAAUUGCCACCAAUUGCUAUAGCUUCACAUUUCUUGAUGAAUGAUGACCAUGGAGGCAACGAAAGCUUUCACCUCUACUGAAGUCUAUUUUCCCUUUCUGUAUUUCCAAUUUAGCAUUGUUUCAGAAAGCUGUGGAGGUUCAGAAACAAAACAAGACAAUGGCAAAGUUAGAUGCUAUAAUGCAAAGCUGAUUGCUGA